GCGAUCCCUCCCCCAUCGGUCCCUUCUUUUCUUUUCUUCUCGUCUCUCUUCCCAAAAUACACCCCUCUUCUCCCAAGCUCCACCGCCUCCUUUCCCACCGUCCCACCGCCUCUCGACGGUGGAGACCGUGAGAUGAGAUCCCAUCCCCCAUCUCCACCGUCGAUCUGAGGCAGACCGGAGAAAGAACCCAUCAUGGAAGCCGAGCGAAUGCGCCAGCUGAUGCUCCUCUGGAUCAGAUCGUUCCGCACGCGUGUUGCUCUCGUGGGUGGUAAUCACACCGCUGCCCGUUUCUGCACUCGCUAAUCUCACCUCCCAUCACCGCUUGCCGUGUUUCUCUCUUUCUAUCGUCUGUUCCGGCUUCUAUCUUUGCCGGAAUCAUCAGCAAAGAAUACCGCCAUGAAGAACGCUAGCCCUCGCACGACGACCAGACGAAGCCCCACGGAGGGCGCUUCCGCCGCCGCCGCCGGAGCCAUCGAGCUCCGAGAGGACCGCCUCGUGAUCCGGCUGCCUGAUUUCCGUCUACUCCGGCUGGUCGCCCGAUCGGUGCUCCUCACCGCCGCCAUCCUCACCUUCCCCUUGCUCCGCGCCGUGAUCCACUCGGCCGGAAUGCCCCAGUCUCCACCGCCGGCCGCCGCCGCCGCCGCCGCCCGAUCUCGUUGGGUCGACGACCCAUUCUAUCUCCCAAUGCUUCUCCGCGAUCUGCAGCGCCAGGGACUGCUCGGCACCGGCGCCCGCGCCGUCUUCCUCGGGGACCCCGGCUCCCGGCUCCCCUUCUUGAAGCAAAACCAGAUCGAGCCGGUGUCCUCCGACGGGGAAUGGAUAAUCCCUGACCACUCCGUCGACUUCGUUCUCGCCGCCGCCGAUUUCAGCGAUGCCUCCUUCGAAUUCAUCGACCGAGUGCUCAAAGUCGGCGGCAUUACCGCGGUCCGAUUGAGCUCGGACCCGUCUCAUUCUUUCCACCUGCCGCCGAAUUACAGAACGGUUUAUAUCCGGCGAUUCGGAUCCACCAUCGUCGCCAUAAAGAAGAUCGCCCAUGCCAGUAGCGACGACGACAGAAAUGCCGCAAAUUUGAAGGCCAGCGGAGUAGGGAGGAAACUACUGGCGAUUUCGAAGGCGAAGGAAGCGGCGCUGAACGAAUUGGAGGGUGUAUUGCUGGAGCCACCAUCCAAGUACGAGGAGUCCAAGAAGCUGUGGAGGAGGACUAAAUACCUUCCAGAUCUGAUGGGAGACUCGCUGGCCGAGUACCCGAGACGGGUGUUUGUGGACGUCGGGAGGACGGGGAGCGAGAAGUGGUUCCUGGAGGAAUAUCCGAAGGGGGAUUCGCCUUUUGAGAUGAUAAGGUUGGAGGCGGUGGGGAGAGGGAAGGAGGCGGUGGGGAUAUCGGAGUGGUUGGCGAGGAAUGUGAAGGAAGAGGAGUAUGUGGUGAUGAAGGCUGAGGCAGAGGUGGUGGAGGAGAUGGUGAAUGGGAGGACAAUUGGUCUGGUGGAUGAGUUGUUUCUGGAAUGCCAGAACCAGUGGCAGAAUGGGAAGAGGAGCAGGAGGACUUAUUGGGAGUGUUUGGCUCUCUAUGGGAGGCUCUGGGAUGAAGGGGUUGCUGUCCACCAAUGGUGGGGCUAAGAGCAAAUGAAAUGAUGUCAGCCUGUGUGGGGUGUGGGAUCUGGGGUUCUACUAAGAGGUCUAUUGAAGUUUCAAAUGGUUUUGGGAUUGAAGGGGAAAUGUUGAAGAGAGGAGAAUUUGUGAUGUUGAGUGUUGGUUGUUUCUUUUGUUUCCUGUUGUUUUGAAGUUGGGGUCUGUGUGGAGCAUGCGGUGAUGAUAUCUUAUCAUGUGCUUCUUUUUAUAUGUUUUGUGUAUCUCGUUCUUGCUAGUUUAUGUUGCGGUAUGGUGUCGAAUGGAAGUGGUAUGUGGUGUGAUGGUGACGUUGGUCACUUUGGAUCCUUUUUAUGUACCUUGGGGACUUGGCUCCCUAUGGCUUUGUCAAGUGUUCUUUCUUCCACUUUGGACUGUUUU